CCGCAGAAGAUCUUACCGUAAAUGGUAAACUUGGCUUAAAUAAUGUACGAAAAUCCCCAAUUGUGACACUCAACCGAGAGAGACAAAUUUGCGUUGUGUAUGGGGUUGGACCGAAGGAGAUAAAGACAAACUUUUUCACAUAUAUCUAAACAAUCUCUAACAUUUGUAAAUGAUUUUGAGUGUUGGUUACUAAUUAUACGGAUUUGCUUACUUAUUGCAUUUCCCAAGCUGUCAUUUACGUUAGUUAGUUUGUUGUUUCUAUCUUUCUUCGUAUAUUCACUAUUACAUUUGAUCGACCUGUAUUUCCAUUUCCACCAUUUCCAUAUAUUAGAAACUUACCUAAUCUAUAACGCCACCAAAUAAUGAUAUCGAACGACUACCUGCGACAGCAAAAUCAAUCUCGGGAAUUUGUUAAGGGUAAACCAUUACCACAUUUUAUCCCAUUCCCCAUAGUAUUCAAGCCAUUGGCUUAUGCAUCCAUAAUCAAUGCCACCACAAAUCCACGACAUCGACUAUCACAAUUUGGUGAUGUUUCAAGUAUACCACCUAAAAAUGAGGCCGAUAUUGAAGGAUAUAGAAUUCUUAUUAAUGAUGAAUAUGUUUAUUCAUUGGAUGUUAUAGAAAGAGAAUUAUUCUAUCAAUUAAUAACAACUAUUAGAAAUCGAAAUACUGCUCAUGGUUUAAACAAUGGUACAUUACAAGAAACUGGUAACUUAACUGCAACACUUAUCAUAAGUACGAUUCUAUCCCUUACAACAUACUACAUACGAGCCAACUGUGUAAAGACAUUUGCAUUCAUUGAGACUAUUGAAGAUAUUAAACAAUAUAGAAAAGAAUUAUUUACAGUGGCCUCAAAAUAUUAUGGUACAUCAAUUCAUAACCUUCGUCGCCUAUUAGAAAUUACUAAUGAUAGGGAACAUUAUUAUUAUCACUAUGGAACUUAUUCCUAUUAUAAUAAUAUUUCCAUUGGAUUAAUUUGUAGCUCAUUAUUAAAUAAAAUGUCAAUCUAUCAAUACUCCAAUUUGAAUCAUCUGAUAACGUUUUCAAAGGGAUUUAUUGGUAUAUUCCAUGAUUUGAUAUCUUCAUCCAAGAAAAUGUUAGUUAUCAGUGAAAAUGAUAAUGAUAAUAAUAAUAAUAAUAAUAAUAAUAAUAAUAAUAAUAAUAAUGAUAAUCAUCAUAAUAAUGCUCAAGAUUUAACAUAUAUUAUUAAUUUCUUAAUUUUUGCAUCAAAAUCAGUACAUUUCCCCAAUUACAGUCCCAAAUUAUUACUUGAAUUUAAACAAGUGCUUCUUAAAUUCCAGAUAUUACUCCUUAAUAAUUCAAGUCUGGUGGAAGAUAGCAAAAAGCCAACCUCCAUUGCAUUCCAUUUUAAUCAUUUAUUAAAUUUCCUUAAUGAAUUAUUAUCGAUUCUUGAAUCUUCUUCAUCAUCAGCUCCAAAAGAUGUUUCCCCAAUAGUUUUAUAUCGAUUACUUCGUCAUUGGUUAAUAAUUUUACCUUGUAAAAUGUUUAUUUUAGAAGAUUUAAUUAAUGAAUUUGAAGUAUGUCUUAUGUUUUUAUAUAAAGCAUUGACUCAUAUUCUUGAUAGUUUAUUUCCUCAAGCUAAUUUCUAUUUUUUACAGAAUUUCAGUGGUAAUGGUAUUAAAUUAUGGUAUGAACCAAUGUAUAAAACAAAGUUACGUCAAAAUGUUGGUUCUAAUUCAUUUGAAUUAAAUGAGAUUAAUAAAUAUUGUAUAAGAAUAAUUACUUUCUUUAAGAAAAGAUAUAAUGUUUUAUCAAUAUUCUUUGGAGAUCAAAGAGAACAAACUUUGGCUAUCACUCCCGAAAUCCUUAAUAUAAACCUUAAUGAAAUUAUGAUCACUAAAUUUUGGACAACUAAGAAUAUCCUGUAUUAUAAUUAUGUUCAUUUACCUAAUGUGGUAUCCAUUGGAAAUCCAAAAUUAAUUAAUUUAUUAUCUAAAGCUAAACGUAGUAGUGCAGUAAAUAAGGCAUUAGCUUCAUUAUAUUAUUAUAAUAAUCAUCAUAUGAAUUUCUUCUUUAUUGAUUCAAGAAGGAAUAGAAUUAAGAAGAUUAAGAGUGAUACUGCAGAUCCAAUUAUUCGAUUUCAUAUGAAUAAUUUUGAAAUUGAUCCCUCAACUACAACAUCAUUUAAUCAUUCACCAACAUCUACUUCUACAACAUCGGAUUCCUUAUCACCACCUAGUAGAUUUACACCUCAGACAUUAAUGCAGAGUCCUGAUGAAGAUUUUGAAAAUUAUAAACGAAGGAAAACAACAUCAAGUUUAGAUAUUCUUGGGAUGGCUUAUGAUGAAGAUGAAGAUGAUACAUUAAGUGUAACUUAUGAUAAAUUAUUUGCUCCUGGUUUGAGCUCAUUCUUUGUAUUUGGAAUUACUAAGGAUUAUGAAACUCUAUUAUUGAAGCGAAUUGAAGAGUUUGAGAAGAAAGAAGAAGGACCAGAUCAUGGAAUAUUUGGAGGUACAUUUGAUGAUGAUGAUGGAUUUGAAGAUAUUAAAUUUAACAACUUUGAUUUAAAUUAUAAGACUGGGUUAUGGAAUAAUGAUAAGGAUCCAUUGCAUUAUGUUGUAGAUUUAGCCAUGGAAGAAUGGCGUACUCUGUCAAUGAAAACAACCACGAGUGCCAAUGAUGGAUAUAUGGAUUCACCUCCGAUAACAGUAACAAAUUCAAUACCAGUAGCAACGAUGCUAACCAAAGAAUCUCCUCAAGCACAUUCUUCUAUGAGCCUCUCUCAUGCUCCAUCUCAAGAUAACGAAGAUAUUCGUCGUUUUGAUCAAGAUUUUAAAUUAUUUUCUAGAAAAUUACAAAGUUUGAUUCUGAUCAAUCAUGAGGUUUAUGAAUCAAUGAUUCAAUUUUAUAGUAUCCGGAAUAGUAAAUUGAAUGAAUUGAUUGAGACUCGUGCAGAGAUGAAUACCGAUAAUGAAAAUGAAGCAGAAGAGGAUGUUGAUGAUGAAGAUGAAGAGGGGAACUUCUACGACGAUUUGAAUGAUGCUUAUUUCACAAUUUUACUUUAAUAUAGUAUUUGGUAUACUACAAGAUGUGAAUGAUGUCAUUGAUUAUGUAAAUAGAAAUUUAUUCUUCUAUCUUAAUUACUUAUAUAUAGAAAUAUUCUGAUAGGUAAUAGUUAUUUAUUUUUAGGAUUACGCAAGUAAGUUAAUAUAAAAUAUCCAAAUA